AUGUCGUCCUGUUCCGACGACGUCCGUCACAAGACGCACGACGCAGGACGACGCAAGGCGGUGCGCCGAGGACCCACUUGCACAAAUCGACAACCAAAACUGCAAGACAAUCCCGCUGAUGUUCUUCUACUCACCUCCUCAAACGAAGUGAAAGGUUUUGCACCAACCCAGCUUUGA